UUUAUAUGGCAUUGAGCAGCGCAGAGAGAAUUCAAACACCACUGACUUAACUUAUCCUUUUAUGUGUGUGUUUCUUUAUUUUUUGGACCUUCUUUUCUUGUAACCACACAGGACAUUUCAAAACACUUGUUUUGUUUCAACUUACACAUCAUGGCCAGUGCACUCAUCUACAACGAGAAUGAUGGUUUUGUCGAUGGCAUUCUGAGGGGUUACUAUUCAGGCAUCCUCAAUUCCACACAAUACUUAAACUUUACACAAUGUGAAACACUUGAAGACCUUCGUCUUCAAUUGGGAGCAACUGACUACGGCACACUUUUACAAAACGAACCUUCACCGAUUGCCACUUCCACAAUCUCUGAAAGAUUGACACAAAAGCUUGUAGAAGAAUUUGAGUACGUUCGCAGUAAUGCUGUUCAACCUCUAUCUAAGUUCCUGGAUUAUAUUACAUAUGGAUAUAUGAUUGAUAAUGUCAUUUUGAUUAUAACGGGCACACUUCAUGAACGUGAUACUCACGAAUUACUUGACCGUUGUCAUCCUCUUGGUGUUUUCGAUACAAUGCCUGCUUUAUGUGUUGCGACCACGGUAUCCGAACUUUACAACACCGUUUUAGUUGAAACACCUUUAGCGCCAUACUUUGCCAACUGCUUAAGUGCUCACGACUUGGACGAGCUCAACAUUGAAAUUAUCCGUAAUACCCUAUAUAAAGCCUAUCUUGAAGAUUUUUUCAAUUUUUGCCAAAAUAUCGGCGGACCCACUGCUGAAGUCAUGACUGAUAUCCUUCGUUUUGAAGCGGACAGACGUACGAUCAAUAUAACCAUCAACUCCUUUGGUACAGAAUUGCCAAAAGAAGACCGUAGAAAGCUUUUCCCUACUAUUGGUCGUUUGUAUCCUGAAGGAAAUGCGCGCUUAGCCAUUGCUGACGAAAUGGAUCAAGUGAAGUCUACUUGUGAAAUAAUUCACGAGUACCGCAAUUUCUUUGACAGUACAAACGGCAAGACAUUAGAGGAUAAAUUCUUUGAAAUGGAGGUAUUCUUAAACCGACAAGCUUUCCAACAACAAUUUAACUACGGUGUCUUUUAUGCUUAUAUCAAACUGAAGGAGCAGGAAAUCAGAAAUAUUGUUUGGAUCGCAGAAUGUAUUUCACAAAAUCAGAAAGAUAGAAUCAACAGUUAUAUCCCUAUUUUAUAAUCAAGAUUGCUUUCUUUUUUCCAUGGAUAAGACUAUUACUUUAUGGUUAUAGGAUUGCAUCAUUUGCUCCCUGCUCAUCUUUUAAUGGAGUCUUAUAGAUAUCCCUGGGCCUUUUAGCAUUACUUUUGACUUGCUCUUUAUCGUAUAUAAAUAAAACAUGAUUCUCUACAAG